AUGUCUUUUCUCGGUGGCGCCGAGUGUUCUACCGCCGGCAACCCGCUCACACAAUUCACCAAACACGUGCAAGAUGACAAGUCCCUACAGCGAGACCGACUCAUGGGUAGAGGCCCUGGCGGGAUGCAAGAGAGCAUGCGGUCGCACGGGAUGACAGGUCCAGGGGAGCAAAUGAUGGAUGAUUUCAUGCAACAACCCGCUCAAGCCCCCGGUCAGCCUUUUGCUAUGGAACAUAUGCGGCGAGAACUGGAGACACUGCAAAACGCACCUCAGCGAACAGGUUCCCCCGGCUGGGCCGCCGAAUUUGACCCCGGCGAGCAAGCUCGCAUGGAAGCCGCGUUCCAGAAUGGCCCGAAUACAUCUACAUUCAAUGGCGGAUCGGGGUUCAACCCCGCCGAGUUCGCACGGUUUCAGCAAAGCACGGGGAUGGCUCGCACAGGGAGUCCGAUUACAUCUACACAGUCGCCGAUGAUGAGCUCGUACCAGAGACCAAUGAUGGGGGGAUAUAUGGGCAUGGGAGGGGGUAUGGGAAUGAUGGGGAUGAUGAAUCCAUCGUAUGCACAACAGCAGCGACCUAUGGAGUCAACAGCACAGGAGAAAGGCAAGGGACGAAUGGUUGAGCUGGACGAUACGAACUGGGAAGCACAGUUUGCGGAGAUGGAAUCGGCUGAUCUGCAGGUGGUUGAUGACCAGGCUAACGAUGCCAUGGAGGCGGAACUCGAUGAACUUGACAGGUCAGUGUUCACCCGAGAUACCCUAGAAGAAGAAUCCGAUCUUGUGGAUUUUGAGCGUGCGUGGGAUAAGGCUAGAGCUGAGAUUCCUUCCGCUACUAGAAAACUUGCCGAAGAAGACCUUGAUUUCAAAGAGGUCGAUAAUAUCCAUAUGGGGGAUUUGAAUGACUGGGAAGGGUUUGAUAGUCUCAACACCCGGUUCCGUGACCCGCAGUUGGGCGACUAUCUGUUCGAAGAAGACAAUGCUUUCCGUGCAGUGAAUAACCCGUUUGAAGAGGGCAUGAAGAUUAUGCACGAGGGAGGGAAUCUGUCAUUAGCAGCUUUGGCUUUUGAAGCAGCAGCCCAGAAGGACCCUCAACAUAUCCAAGCCUGGACCAUGCUCGGCGCCGCCCAGGCCCAGAACGAAAAGGAAAGCCCAGCCAUCCGAGCCUUGGAACAAGCACUUAAACUAGACCCAAACAACCUAGAUGCCCUAAUGGGACUGGCUGUUUCGUACACCAACGAAGGCUACGACUCAACUGCAUACCGCACGCUAGAACGCUGGCUAUCAGUGAAAUACCCACAAAUCAUCGACCCGACGGACCUCUCAUCAGAUGGCGAAGUUGGCUUCACCGACCGCCAACUGCUGCACGAUAAAGUCACCGAUCUAUUCAUCCGAGCCGCACAACUAUCACCGUCGGGAGAACAGAUGGACCCAGAUGUCCAAGUCGGUCUGGGUGUAUUGUUCUACUGCGCUGAAGAGUACGACAAGGCAGUCGACUGCUUCUCGGCAGCGCUGGCGUCCACCGAGUCCGGCACAUCGAACCAGCAAGACCAAGUGCACCUCCUCUGGAACCGCCUCGGCGCCACGCUCGCCAACUCGGGCCGCUCCGAAGAGGCGAUUGAAGCGUAUGAAAAGGCGCUGACCAUCAACCCCAAUUUUGUGCGGGCACGCUACAAUCUCGGAGUCUCAUGCAUCAACAUUGGCUGUUUCCCCGAGGCCGCGCAGCACCUCCUCGGCGCCCUGGGAAUGCACAAGGUCGUGGAGCAGCAGGGCCGCGAGCGGGCGCGCGAAAUCGUCGAGGGCGUUGACGGCAUCAACGACGACGAAUUGGAGCGCAUGAUUCAUAUUAGCCAGAAUCAAAGCACGAAUCUGUAUGAUACUUUGCGGCGUGUCUUUACCUCCAUGGGUCGCCGGGAUCUGGCCGACAUGGUGGUUUCGGGCAUGGAUGUGGAUGUGUUCCGGAAGGAGUUUGAGUUCUAA